UUUAAUCUCUUUUCUUUUUUCCCAUCCCCACCCCCCGCCCCUCCAGGUUUUUAUGCUCAGCACUGGGGGAGCCGGGAAAUUUUGUGGCCACUGACAUAUUUUGAUUUAAAAAUCGUUGUCAGUGGACGUUUCUCCUUCUGCUCCGGCAUCGUUGUCCUAUUCACAGCUAUUUAGGCUUAAGAAGCUUGAUUCUCGAAGGCUUGUAUCCAAGGGCAUCAGUCAUUAACACACUGAGCUACAUCUGCUUCUUGGCUAAGACUGAAGAAGGACAUCUUAAGCUGGAAAUCCUGCUCGGUCACUCUCUAGUGCAUACGGAAAGGGAAGCAUAUGCAGCAGCAGGUUCUUUUUUUUUUCUUUUCUUUUUUUUUUCCCUAAGGCUGCCUCACUUUGGAGAUGCAGUGACAAGAUAAUGGAGUGAAAGUCUUUCAUUUCCAGGCAAGAAAAUUGCAGGAGUCAGAUAGAGAAAGGAAGGAGCAGGUUACAUAGCAGAAAUAGGAAAGAGGACAGUGGUAAAGAACUGAAAAUAAAAUUAGAAGAAACAGGUGGAAGGCUGGCAUAAAGCUGGGUGAUAUUUUAGACUGAAAGUGGUGUGUUUGUUCUUCUCUUUUUUUUUUCUUUUUUUUCCUUUCUCUUUUUACAUUUUUUUUAAAAUUGGUUUUAUUGUUGAUUUUAAAUUCUAAGCUGAUUUUGGAGAUCUCUGCAGUAACCAGGCUGCAUUAGAACAGAACAGCUUCCCCAACGUGUCAUUUUCUCUCUCCCUGCCUGCUGUCUCUGCUGUUGCUGCUGACAGAAACGUGUUAGGAAAGCAGAAAGAGAAAAUGCCAGCCAUCCUGGUAGCCUCCAAAAUGAAAUCGGGACUACCUAAACCCGUACACAGUGCUGCUCCAAUCCUGCAUGUCCCAACGGCCAGGACCAUCCCACAGCCCUGUUACCUGAAGUUUGGGAGCAAGGUGGAGGUGACGAAGCCAUUGUAUUCCAGCCAGAUUCCUCUCAAGUCUUCCAACGGACAAGAAAACGCAAGAGAUGGCCUCCCAGCAAGGAAGAGCAGCUCGGUAGAAAAUGGAUUUGACACACAGAUUUAUACGGAUUGGGCUAAUCACUAUCUAGCAAAAUCUGGUCACAAGAGAUUGAUAAAGGAUCUACAGCAAGAUGUGACUGAUGGAGUCCUGCUAGCUGAAAUAAUUCAAGUUGUAGCAAAUGAAAAGAUUGAAGACAUCAAUGGCUGCCCAAAAAAUAAAUCUCAAAUGAUUGAAAACAUAGAUGCAUGCCUGAGUUUCUUGGCUGCUAAGGGGAUUAACAUCCAGGGGCUGUCAGCAGAAGAAAUCAGGAAUGGGAAUCUGAAGGCCAUCCUGGGCCUGUUCUUCAGCCUGUCUCGGUACAAGCAGCAGCAGCAGCAGCCCCAGCACCAUCCAUCCCAGUGCCAGGUGGGAGUCCCUCAGCAGCAGGUGCCAGCUUCGCUCCACGCUCCGUGCCAACAGCCCCCGCAAGCUGUGCAGCAUCAGUUUAAAGCACAACCAGAAAUGCAGUCCAGUGCAUCUCCCAGGGACUCAUCUCAAAGCAAAAUCAUCCGAUUCACUCUUGGUCAGAAAAGGUCUUCUAGACUUCCAGGUCCCACCAUGAGGGUGUCCGCUGCAGGCAGUGAGGCCAAAGCUCGUGGUUCCAUCAGUGCCAACAACCGCCGCAGCCAGAGCUUUAACAACUACGACAAAUCGAAGCCUGGCCUUCUCCCUCCAACCCCAACAAGCAGCAGUGACAGAGAGCCUGCAGACAGCACGGCCUCCCAGCCCACAGGAAUGAAUGAAAAUGUCUCAUCCUCAGUUCAAAGCUGCGGCAGUGCUGUUCCUUGCAAUAACUCCUCAGCCAUCCCUCAGCCCAGCUCUGCUAUUAAACCUUGGCGCAGCAAGUCCCUCAGUGCCAAGCACACAGCAACGUCUUCCAUGCUAUCUGUGAAGCAGCCAGCAGUGGAGCCUCCAAAGCAGCCAUCGGAAAUCACCAAAACAGCUCCCAACAGUCAGAAAUCCAUGCUGGAAAAACUAAAACUCUUCAACAGCAAAGGGGGUUCCAAAGCAGGAGUGUCUGGGACAACGCCAGAGUGUCCGGGCUCUCGGGACAGCAGCUGUGAAAAGCUGGAGGCGCUUCUCAGCUUUGAGGAGAGCGAAGAAAUCGAUGCCACCAACCAGAAUGUGAACAACCCAGGAUCGAUGUCCAACAGCCCAAAAAUUGCUCUCAAGGGAAUUGCACAAAGGACUUUCAGCCGCGCGCUAACUAAUAAGAAAAGUUCUCCAAAGGGUAAUGAGAAGGAGAAAGAGAAACAAAAAGAGAAAGAAAAGGAUAAAAGUAAAGACAUUACAAAGAGAACAUCCAUCACUGAGAAGCUGGAGCUGAAGGAGGAACCUAAAGAAGAACAGACAGCGCAGACAGCAACAACAGAGAUGCCAAAAAAGUCCUCCAAAAUUGCAAGCUUUAUCCCUAAAGGAGGGAAGCUGAACAGUGCCAAGAAGGAGGCCUCUGCCCCUUCGCACAGCGGAAUACCAAAACCAGGAAUGAAGAACACCACAGGGAAAUCCUCAAGUGCCCCUGUUCCUGCAAAGGAAGGCGAGAGGAGCCGUGGUGGGAAAGCCAGCAUGGGGCUCUCGCAUCAGAAGUCCCAGCUGGACGGCCGUCAUUCCAGCUCCUCCUCCAGCCUGGCUUCCUCCGAGGGGAAGGGCGUCGGGGGCCUGCAGAGCAGCAGCAGCAGCCAGGCCGUGAGCGGGCCCGCGGUGACCACGCACAGCACGGGCAGCAACACCGUGAGCGUGCAGCUACCUCAUCCCCAGCAGCAGUACAGCCACCCCAACACCGCCACCGUCGCACCCUUCAUGUACAGAUCUCAGACAGACAAUGAAGGGAACGUAACAGCCGAGGCCAGCACAGGAGGAGUCAGCAUGGAUUCUGCUCUUUAUGUCAAAACUGCCCAGUCUGCCCUUGAGGACCUCUCAGGAGAGGACCCAGAGACACGGCGGCUGCGAACUGUGAAGAACAUCGCUGACCUUCGGCAGAACCUGGAGGAAACCAUGUCCAGUUUGCGGGGAACCCAGGUCACCCACAGCACAUUGGAGACCACGUUUGACACCAACGUCACCACCGAGAUCAGCGGCCGCAGCAUCCUCAGCCUGACGGGGCGGCCGACGCCGCUGUCCUGGCGGCUGGGCCAGUCCAGCCCGCGGCUGCAGGCCGGCGACGCGCCGUCCACGGGCAAUGGCUACCCGCCACGGGGCAACGCCAGCCGCUUCGUCAGCGCCGAGCCAGGCGCCGCGCGCUACCUGUACUCGGCGCCGCUGCGGCGGCAGCUGGCCACGCGCGGCAGCAGCGUCUGCCACGUGGACAUCGCUGACAAGGCCGGUGAUGACAUUGACCUCGAGGGCAUCGCCAUGGACGCCACUGGUUACAUGAGUGACGGCGAUGUGCUGGGCAAGAACAUCAGGGCCGACGACAUCACCAGCGGGUACCUGACGGAUGGCGGGCUGGGGCUGUACACGCGACGGCUGAACCGGCUACCCGACGGCAUGGCCACGGUGCGGGAGACACUGCAGCGCAGCACGGCCCUGAGGCUCGGUGAUGCCGACAGCUGGGAUGACAGCAGCUCUGUCAGCAGUGGGAUCAGUGACACCAUAGAUAAUCUCAGUACUGAUGACAUUAACACCAGCUCCUCUAUCAGCUCCUAUGCCAACACACCUGCCUCCUCCCGCAAGAACUUAGAUGCACAGACCGAUGCAGAAAAGCAUUCCCAGGUGGAGCGAAAUUCCUUAUGGUCCGGUGAUGAAGUCAAGAAAUCCGAUGGGGGAUCUGAUAGCGGCAUAAAAAUGGAGCCAGGAUCCAAAUGGAGGCGGAAUCCCUCUGAUGUGUCAGAUGAGUCUGAUAAAAGCACUUCUGGUAGGAAGAACACUGUUAUUUCCCAGACGGGCUCCUGGCGACGGGGCAUGUCAGCUCAGGUUGGCAUUACCACACCAAGGCCUAAACCUUCAACCACCUCAGGCACAUUAAAGACACCUGGAACAGGGAAAACUGAUGACGCCAAGGUAUCAGAAAAGGGUAGACUAUCUCCUAAAGCUGGACAUGUUAAACGUUCCCCAUCAGAUGCAGGACGCAGCAGUGGUGAUGAAUCCAAAAAGCUUCCCACAAGUAACUCUAGGACAACUGCUGCUAAUGCUAAUACAUUUGGAUUUAAGAAACAGAGCGGGUCAGCUGUAGGCAUGACCAUAAUCACUGCCAGUGGGGCAGCUCUCACCAGUAGAUCGGCUACCUUGGGAAAGAUCCCCAAGUCAUCUGGACUCAUGGGUAGGACCACUGGUCGGAAGACUAGUGUUGAUGGCUCCCAGAACCAGGAUGAUGGCUACUUAACACUUAGUGCACGAACUAAUCUUCAGUACCGUAGUUUACCCCGGCCCAGUAAAUCCAGUAGCAGAAGUGGAGCUGGGAAUAGAUCUAGCACAAGUAGCAUAGACUCCAACAUAAGCAGCAAGUCAGCUGGGUUGCCUGUCCCUAAAAUCAGAGAGCCUGCCAAGGUAAUUCUUGGAAGCUCUCUGCCAGGAUUAGUCAAUCAGACUGAUAAAGAGAAAGGGAUUUCGUCUGACAACGAAAGCGUGGCUUCAUGUAAUUCUGUUAAAGUGAACCCUGCAUCACAGCCUGCUGCUAGCGGAGCUCAGAGUACCCACCAGCAAGGAGUCAAGUACCCCGAUGUGGCCUCUCCCACUCUGCGCAGACUUUUUGGUGGCAAGCCUAGUAAACAAGUUCCCAUCACAACAGCUGAAAAUAUGAAAAACUCAGUAGUCAUCUCCAACCCUCAUGCCACCAUGAACCAGCAGAGUACCCUUGACUCCCCAUCUGGCAGUGGUGUGCUGAGCAGUGGGGGCAGCAGUCCCCUCUAUAGUAAAAACACAGAUCUCAACCAGUCUCCACUGGCUUCCAGCCCCAGUUCUGCACACUCGGCUCCUUCCAACAGUUUGACAUGGGGUACCAAUGCCAGUAGUUCUUCUGCAGUUAGCAAGGAUGGCAUUGGAUACCAGUCUGUCAGCAGCUUACACACCAGCUGCGAAUCCAUAGACAUCUCCCUGAGCAGUGGAGGUGGGCUGAGCCACAACUCCUCCAGUGGCUUGAUUCCAGCCUCCAAGGAUGAUUCUCUGACUCCCUUCAUCCGUACCAACAGUGUUAAGACUACGUUGUCUGAAAGCCCUCUUUCUUCCCCUGCUGCUAGCCCCAAAUUCUGCCGAAAUACCUUGCCCAGGAGACAGGACAGCGACCCACAUCUUGAUAGGAACACUUUGCCUAAGAAGGGACUCAGGUAUACUCCAUCCUCCCAGUUGCGUAGUCAAGAGGAUGCAAAGGAAUGGCUCCGGUCCCAUUCAGCAGGAGGACUGCAGGAUACUGCUGCCAAUUCUCCAUUUUCAUCUGGAUCCAGCAUAACAUCACCCUCUGGAACUAGAUUUAACUUCUCGCAGCUUGCGAGCCCCACGAGCGCGGCGCAGAUGAGCCUGUCCAACCCCGGCAUGCUGCGCACGCACAGCCUGUCCAACGCCGACGGGCCCUACGACCCCUACGGCGACACGCGCCUCCGCAACAGCUCCAUGUCCCUGGACGAGAAGAGCCGCACCAUGAGCCGCUCCGGCUCCUUCCGCGAUGGCUUCGAGGAGGUGCAUGGUUCUUCUCUCUCUUUGGUGUCCAGUACAUCAUCUAUUUAUUCCACACCUGAAGAGAAGUGCCAGUCAGAGAUUCGCAAGCUGCGGAGAGAAUUGGACGCAUCCCAAGAAAAAGUGUCAGCUCUGACAACUCAGCUGACUGCUAAUGCUCACCUGGUGGCAGCGUUUGAGCAGAGCCUGGGGAACAUGACAAUCCGACUGCAGAGCCUGACCAUGACAGCAGAACAAAAGGACUCGGAACUGAACGAGUUAAGGAAGACAAUUGAACUCCUGAAGAAACAAAAUGCUGCUGCUCAGGCUGCCAUCAAUGGAGUCAUCAACACACCUGAGCUCAACUGCAAAGGUCCUGGAGCUCCUCAGCCCACAGACCUGCGGAUCCGGAGGCAGCACUCCUCGGACAGUGUCUCCAGCAUUAACAGUGCCACCAGCCACUCCAGUGUGGGCAGCAACAUCGAGAGCGACUCCAAGAAAAAAAAGAGGAAGAACUGGGUCAACGAGUUACGCAGCUCCUUCAAGCAAGCUUUUGGGAAAAAGAAAUCUCCCAAGUCAGCAUCUUCUCAUUCAGACAUUGAGGAGAUGACUGAUUCUUCCUUACCUUCCUCACCAAAGCUACCACACCACAAGGCCACUGUUUCAACACCACUGCUGAGAGCUUCUCAUUCCAAUUCCCUUAUUUCGGAGUGCACGGACAGCGAGGCCGAGACAGUGCUGCAGCUGCGGAACGAGCUGCGCGACAAGGAGAUGAAGCUGACGGACAUCCGCCUGGAGGCCCUCAGCUCUGCCCACCAGCUGGACCAGCUGCGCGAGGCCAUGAACAGGAUGCAGAGUGAGAUUGAAAAGUUAAAAGCAGAGAACGAUCGGCUGAAAUCUGAAAACCACGGCAGCUGUAGCAGGGCUCAGUCUCAGGUUUCCAUCUCCUCCUCUCCCAGACACUCGGUGGGUCUCUCUCAACACAGCCUGAACCUCACGGAGUCAACCAGUCUCGACAUGCUCUUGGAUGACAGUGGAGAUGGCUCUGCCCGGAAAGAAGGAGGCAGGCAUGUCAAAAUAAUUGUCAACUUCCAGGACAAGAUGAAAUGGAAGGAGGAUUCCAGGCCUCGCACCUUCCUCAUAGGCUGCAUUGGAGUCAGUGGGAAGACCAAGUGGGAUGUUCUGGAUGGGGUUGUAAGACGCCUGUUUAAGGAGUACAUCAUCCACGUGGAUCCCGUGAGCCAGCUGGGGCUGAACUCAGACAGUGUUCUGGGUUACAACAUCGGGGAAAUCAGGCGCACCAACAGCGCAGAGACCCCGGAGCUGCUGCCCUGUGGGUACCUGGUUGGAGAAAACAACACUAUCUCAGUUACCAUCAAAGGUAUCUGUGAGAACAGCCUGGACGGGCUGGUGUUCGAGUCGCUGAUCCCCAAGCCCAUCCUGCAGCGCUACGUGUCCCUGCUGAUGGAGCACAGGAGGAUCAUCCUGUCCGGCCCCAGCGGCACGGGCAAGACCUACCUGGCCAACCGCCUGUCUGAGUACAUGGUGCUCAGGGAGGGCAGGGAGCUGGCUGAGGGCAUCAUCGCCACCUUCAACGUCGACCACAAAUCCAGCAAGGAGCUCCGCCAGUACCUGUCCAACCUGGCAGACCAGUGCAACAGUGAAAAUAAUGCUGUAGAUAUGCCUCUUGUCAUCAUUUUGGAUAAUUUGCACCACGUUAGCUCCCUAGGAGAGAUCUUUAAUGGACUUCUAAACUGCAAGUACCACAAAUGUCCAUAUAUUAUUGGCACAAUGAACCAAGCCACCUCCUCCACACCUAAUCUUCAACUUCACCAUAAUUUCAGAUGGGUGCUAUGUGCAAACCACACUGAGCCAGUCAAAGGCUUUCUCGGCCGUUUCCUGAGAAGAAAACUGAUUGAAACAGAGAUCAGUGGCAGGAUGAGGAAUGCAGAGCUGGUCAAGAUUAUUGAUUGGAUUCCCAAGGUCUGGCAACAUCUGAACAAGUUCUUGGAGGCUCACAGCUCCUCUGAUGUUACUAUUGGUCCACGGCUCUUCCUUUCCUGUCCAAUAGAUGUAGAUGGUUCUAGAGUUUGGUUCACUGACUUGUGGAACUACUCCAUCAUUCCGUAUCUUCUGGAGGCAGUAAGAGAAGGGCUGCAGUUGUAUGGGAGGAGAGCGCCCUGGGAGGAUCCUGCCAAGUGGGUCAUGGACACCUACCCCUGGGCAGGCAGCCCCCAGCACCACGAGUGGCCUCCUCUGCUCCAGCUGCGGCCCGAGGAUGUGGGCUUUGAUGGCUACUCUGUGUCCCGGGAAGGCUCCACCAGCAAACAAGUUCCAGUGAGUGAUGCUGAAGGAGAUCCUCUGAUGAACAUGCUAAUGAGACUGCAGGAGGCUGCCAACUACUCCAGUCCCCAGAGUUAUGACAGCGACUCCAACAGCAACAGCCAUCACGAUGACAUCCUGGAUUCCUCUCUGGAGUCAACGUUGUGAUCUCCCUCAGACAGGAGCUGUUUCCACUUGGCAGGAGCCUUGAUCACAGACUGAUGAAAAGAACACUUUCCUGGGCUGGGAUCUCAGUAUUAAGAGCUGCAAGAGCAAGACACUUGUAGCAAUCUUGAACCUGGGUGCAGGCAACCCAAGUGACCUUUUUAUUGUUUUUCUUUUGACAAUGAUGAGAACUGCAAUCCUGAAGAUGUUAAAAAUAAUCAUCAUUACUAAGUUGAAGGGACUGGGGUGGGGGGGCAGUUUCACAGCUGUGAAGAAAGCAGCUUUGUGCCAUGUACCCUCUGGAAGGAGAGGGGUGAGGGAAUAUUUGUCUAUGCUGCUUCUGACCAAACACAUUUACGUGAGGGCUGGACUUUUACCAAUCAGCUUUGUGGGUUAAACUCAGCUUCAUAUAGUUCUGGUGCUAUAACAAUAUUGCUUGCCUCUGUAAUAAUACUCAAUGAAGGCAAAGCUGCAAAACAGGGAAGUUUGAAUAAAUAUUAAAAAAAGAGAAAAGGAAAAAAAUAAACUAAAACAAAAAGUGCUGCUGUCCUUGCCAGUCUGAGACCUUGGCUUUCUUUCAUUGUGUGUUUAUAAAGAUUAUAUAUAUUAAUAGGAAUAUAUAAAAAUAUGUAUACAGUCUGAACAAAUCAGUUUUUUUUCAAACACUGUGUAGCAAUCAAUCCUGCUACAAACGAAAGAUCAGGUAGCUUUCUGCUAGUCAGGGCCCGGUUCUCUUCCUGCUUUCAUCCACACCACCAGGUGGGCUGACUUCUGUGGUGUUUACACCCCACUAAUCCACCCUUUCAGAGGAGAGGGGACUUCCCUCCUUCACAGAAGUCAAUGGCAGGGCUGUGCCCCAUGGAGUCCUACAGCUCCAGAGGACCCUUGGCAGUGCACAGGCAUGGUGAGCUACACCCCUGCAAAGGGAUGAGUUAGACUUUCAGUUUUUAAUUCUUGCCAUGAAAUGUGACAGCUGUUUUUAGAAAAUGUCGGGUUUUGUUCAGAGGUUUCAUUCCAAUCAGCACAACCAUAAGGGGGUUAAUUAAAAUUCAGCUCUAUGGCAGUUCCAGUGCUACUCUGGUGACAGUACUUACUUCCAUGACUUUUCUUUUUAAUUGCAAAGUGAAAAAAAAAAUUAAAAAUAGCAUUUCAGCAGUAUUCAGGUCUGGGAAAAAAAAAGAUAAGGUACUGAGUACUGUGUCUUUUGAGUGUAGCUGUGCCAUGCUUUUGAGUUGUGGCAGAGCUGUGAACCUGGUUUGGUUUCUCCUCUUCUGUGAACGCACACACCUACAUGAUCAGUGUUAAGGCUUGUACUUGUGUUGGGGAAAAAGAAAACACCUCCCAAAGAGUUGCACUUUCCUGGUGACACCAUUACCCCCAGCACAUCAGCUGUACCUCAGCCAACACCUCACUCCUCAGGAGGGAUUCGUACGAGCCUUUCCAGCUCUCCUCUGGUGCUGACUUUUAAAAGUGAUGCCUUAUUUUGUACUAAUUGUGUUUGAUUAAAUUAGUGCUGUAUAUUAUGGAAUUUUAUUUAAAGAAACAGGGCUAAAGUCAUCUCUUGAAAUAUCAUAAGUUGCUGUGAAUAUUGUUUGUAUGAGAUACUAGAAUUUGUUUAAAUGUGAUAAAAAAGGAAGGAAAUGAGAUAACGUUUCAGGUUCAUAUCAAUCCCCAGCUAAUAAAUCGCUGGAGAGCUGUUUCAUCCAUGCAGGAGGGACAAAAGAAGCUUUUCAACUCUGAUAAAUUACAGGAAUAUGCUGGUUUUUCAAUGUACAGGAAGAAACCUUAUUGCAAACACUUUUUCAAGAGCUUGUGGGUUUAAAGGAACAUAACAGACAAGUUGGUGCUUCUGUGGCUCAGCUUGAGAGGAUGGUUUUAUUGUACCUCAUGACUUUCUGUAAUAUAACUGUACUUUGUCUUACUAAGCUGGUCUUGAAUCUGCUCCUGUUACAACUUUUAAGUGCUGAUGACUUUUUUUUUUUUUUUAAGGAAAAAUUUAAAUAUUUUAAUGAUGGGAGGAAGAGCUUGGUGUUGUUACUGUUUUAACCUUAUGAACUCUGAUUUCAUUAUUUCACUGAAUGGAAUAACAAAGGCUACUCAGCCAAUUUGCCUAAUCCAGUUCUUGGUACUGUAAAAAAUGGGUUAGACCUGUAUGGAAUCAAAUCCAUAGCAUGCUGAUGAGGAGUUUGAGAGAAGUUAAUUUUUCCAGUAGUCUUGACAAUUCUGCUUCCCAGCACUGACUUUACCUGCUACUACUGUGAAUUUUGGUACCUAAUCCCCCAGCUGAAUCCGUGCAGACAGAGCAUGUGCCUGUAAAAAAAAAAUCCAGUUGCAGGGCUAGGGCUUUAAAUGGACUUGAUAUCCUAGAAAAUGUCUCAGUUGACCUUUAACUAAGUGCUAAAAGACAUGUUUAAAGUAGUGUUUUAUUUGUGGGGAAUGGGGUAUUUUUUUCCUCAUGUUUAAUCCUGUGCUUAAGCCCAGGAAGACAUUUCUAUUAUCUCUUCUUUUUUAUUGACACUAGCUUGGUUUAAAGUGAGAGAGGCAAUUUUGAAUAGGCUAGUCAUUCUGAGCAUCACAAUAUUCCAUGUCUUUUCUGAAACUUGGGGAAGCAGGGUUACCUGUUGUGCACACGUCUUAGUUUUUAUCAAGAUUUUUCAUAGAUUAAGUCUUUCUUUAGGUGACUUUUCUCAUUUAAGGCUCUUUCAAAAACACUUUUUUUUUCUUUUUUUUUUUCUUUCCUUUUUUCUCCUCCUUACAAAGUUGGCUUGUUUAAAAAAAAAUCAACAAGAAAUGCAAUAUUCUAUGCAACAUUCGUGUUGAGUUAUAAAUUGAGAGAAUGAACCAUUUUCUUUCCUUCAGAACUGCCAAGAAUGAUACAGGCCAUAAAUGAGAUGUGGGUUUUUUUGGGGGAAGGGGAGGGGGGGGGUUGGUUAGCCUUUUUGUACAUUUUGAAAGAAGCAAACUUGAUAUUUCAUUGUUGAUGCUUAACUUCAAUAUUAUGUGUAUGAAAUCUUGUCUAAAUGUGGCAAUUUUCUUUCAAGAAAAAAAUAAUAUACAAAGCAAAAAAAUCUUUGUUGAUAUUAAAUGGAAGGUUGCUGUUUUGAUCUAGUCAUUUCCAGUGGAACAGUUUAUGAAAUAUGUUCUAUAAGAUGUACAUUUUUUCAUUGUAACAUAGAAAUGUAAAUAUUUGAUUAAAAGUGCUGCAUUUUGAUGAAUUUUUUCUAGCCAUUUUUAAAGAGAAAACUAGGAAUUGAGUAUUUUGUGUACGUUUAUGAUGUUUUCCAUUUGCUCCUCUCCCUAUUUAAUUUUCAGUUCUCAUUUAGGAUUGGAAUUUGUGAAUGGUCUGUUUGAGAUCAUGCCUCCCCUUUCUCACUCUGCCCAUUUCUACCCCUUCCCCACCCCGUGUCAUGGAGAAUAAAGCUGAUGAUUGUACCAGUCUUAAAUUAUUCAUGAUUCAAUAAAAUUGAUGCCUAUUUAUUCA